UAGCAAUGGACUUCAACAUUGUUGCUAUGGCAGGGUUGUUUCUCCUGUGUGAAACAUUUAGCUUCUGAUACCAUUCCUAUAGUUAGCCUGCUCAGUGUUCUGUGAGAGAUCCCUCGUGUGUGUGACAUUCUCAAUCCAGCCAUGUAUAAAGUCUCCAGGCUGAAGCAGUUGCCACCACUUUCCCAAGCUGUGAAGCAGCCAUGGCCAUGCUGAGAGUGUCUUCAUACCGCAAACUCUUUGAGGAGGAGCAUCAGAGAUCAACUUCAUGGCUCAGCCAGCGCUGUGGAACCCAGAUCCUCCCCUCUUCUGCCAGGGGUGGAGUUUCCAUGAUCGACUGCCCUGAACCGGACUUCUCUGCAGCUCGAGCUUUAAACAGGGAGAGUCUGAUGCGGUUCUCGCAGGAACGCUCCAUUAUCGCUGCCCUCAAUGAUCGCUUGGCAUUCCUUAUCGACAUGGUGCGAUGUCUGGAAGAAGAAAAUCAGUCUUUGGAGGCUCAGAUUAUUGAGAUGGAAGAGAGAUUGGCAGUCGCCUCCAGCUCUAUCAGUCCUGACUGCCCAUCAUACUCCGGUCUGGAGGCUGUAAUUGAGAGACUGCGCAGAGAGAAGGGUGAAAUUUUGUGUCAUACAGAGGAGCUGAAGAAAAACCUGCAUCAAAUCAAAAUAAAGUAUGAUGAGGUUGUGGAGCAACGGACUCGCCUCCAGCUGGAGCGCAAGGAUGUUGCCGUGGAGGUAGAUACAGUGACUGCUGACUGCUUGGCACUCAGAGAACAAGCGACAAUCUAUGAGGAGCAGUUAGCUGCCAUGGAGCAACAGCAUGAGUUGAGUAUUGAGAGUCUUUGUCAGCCUGCAGCUGAAGAUCGGGAUGAUCCGACUGUGUCUCUGCAAUUCCCUUCCAUCGACCUCACUCCAGCCAUCACGGUUAUCAAGGACUACUAUUGCCAGCUGGCUGAAAGCCUACAGUUUGAGUCCAGGGCCUGUGCGAUUGCCAGAGGACAAGAGAAGGGGAGGAACUUGGAAAAACUUACUGGAGAGAAGGUUAAGGAUAAUUCUGAGGUGAUGGACGUGAAUGGUCUGAAGGAGCUGAUUACUAAGCUGCAAAAGGAGCUCGCUGAUCUGGAGGCAUGUGGUGAGGAACUGGAGGCAGAGAUUGAAGCGAAAAAAGAGACUCAUCUGAUGGAGAUAGAGGAGCUGAAAACCUGCAUCUGCCAGCUGGAGAAAGAGGAGGCUGACUUACAAGCACAGAUGAAGGAACAGAUGGGGGACUAUGAGGAGCUGCUCAAUGAGAAGAUGGCACUGGACAUAGAAAUUGAAGCCUACAGGGCUUUGGUGGAAGUGGAGGAGGAGAGAUUGUGCUACCCAUAAGACACACAAUAUCUUGUGUAUUGCUGCUGAACUAAUACAGACUUGCAUCAAAUUGCACAUUUAAAAGGUGUCUGUAUCCUGCAUCUACUUUCACUGGCUGUCUUAUCAAGUACACAUAGUGUAUAGGUGUUUUUAUUGGUAAACCAUCUCUGACUGGAUACAUUACUGUCAAUUUUAAUAUUCCUGAAGGGUGCUACACUUUUUUUUAAAUGUUGUUUAGUUUUACAAAUAAUCUUAACAUUUAUAGGACUCUCAAGAUUGUGCUAAUAUGCUGAAAUUAAAAAAAAAAUGCUCAGUCUAAAAUCGCAAUAAAGAUACAACAGCAUUGGUUCAUCAGCAAUCUGAAAAUCUAUUAUAAUUAUUAGUUCAUUAGCUAAAACUCAAAACAUUUUUGUAUGAAGAAUGCGUUUUAUCUGCUGUUUAUAGCUGCAGGUAAAUGAAUAAAGGGCUAUAAAGCAGAAAGAGGGAUAAUGUGCAACAUAGUACAACAAGGGCUGCCAAGUAAGGGUCCCUUCUUUUUCUUCUGUUUCUUCUUCUUGCUUAUUGAGCAUAUAUUAAUUGAAUAGUGGAUCAUGAGCUACAACCUUAUAUGGCAACAAAGUGAACCUUUGUGCUAGGGUUGCCUAUAAACUAAAAUCUCAGCAUGUGUCUGCCAUGAAAGUGAGUCAUAGUUAAGAAAAAAAAAACAUUAGACACAACAUUUUGAGCAAAUACAGACCUGCUCCCAAAGAUAAAUGGCAUCUAAGCAUCUUUCCAGACCAUUGAUAAUGCUCAUAGCAAUCAGUGACUGUUAACCGCAACUCGUGAAAGAAGGGAAGUGUCUGUGCUUUGCCAUGUAGGUGUAGUGAUGGAAAUUUCCAUGUGUAGCUUUAGAGUCUCAAAAACUACAUCUCUCAAAACAAUGCUCUCAAGCACAUGCAUAAAAACCCACAAUGACGUAUGGUUCUGUCGAAUCAGUCACCUCCUGAAUUCUCACCUGACACUGAUCAAUGACAUCCUCUUAAACCUUUGCCCUCUUCUGCACUGUCCAAGUGCUAUUGAGCUUUUUUCCUGGAGGUGUAACUUAAUAAGCUUGUCAAAUUCUAUGAUUAAAUCUUUUGCUCAGUUUAAUUAAUUCAUGUUUUCUGCCUUUCUCCAAUUUUGCUGACCACUUGAGAAAUCUCUUAAAUGUCCUUCUUUUAACCUUAAAUCUUUUAAUGUCCUUCUUGAGUUUUGCCCACUAUAAUUUACUCAUUUGUCUUCAAACUUAACUUUACAUGUGCUAUGAGAUAACAAUAUCGUUGUUGUGUUAGCUCUGUAAAAUGUUACUAAUAAUGAAUCAGAUAAGAUUACAGCUACUGGUGAACUGGCUGAAUUUAAGAUUAUCCUUACCGACUUACUCAAGCAAGCUGACUACUUUAAUUGUGUGGAUAUGAAACAUGACAGACAUGGGAGGAAGUCACUCUGUCUUUGGGGCCCUUGUUUUUGCUGCCGAGGCACUCCAUCAUUCUUAGUGCUUCAGGGCACCAGAUCUCUUAUGACUUACUCCCCCAACUACUUUUGUCGCACACACACACACACAAACACACACAAACACACAUGUGCCUUCUGGGACCUUCUGGAGAAGUACGGCACUUUUAGCCUGCCCCCCUGGGCAAGCGGGCAGUUCCUGGCCUUUAUGGGGUUCAGUGGAGGGGGAGAGCAAGCAAAACUGGGGUGACUGUGGAACUGUGGUAAGAUUUAUGUUAGUUUGAUUGUGUAUUUUUCUGUCUCCCUCGGGUUAUUCUCUCUUUGCUGACAUCUCUGUCUGCAUUAACAUUCUGUAAUAGAAUUAUUUCCUAAUAUGUUCUCUACUUGCUAAGCACAAAUUAGAUUUAAUAAAAGUGUUUGUACACUUGUAUCUUUCUAUGCAAAUACACAUCAUAUUCUCUCCUAAACAGUUUAAUCAUAUUUUCCAUUUUCAUCAUUUCACUUUUGGCUCUGUGAAAAACAAGUGUGUAUCUACGCCGAGAUGGCCUCAUUAAAAUGGAAAUGAUUGCUCUUUGGCUCAGCACUCCAAAACACUGAUUUAAUGGCCUGAUUGUUGAUUAAAGACCUGCUGGUGGUGGGUUGGGGAUUCAUCAAGCAAGCCUUACCACUUACCCUCCACCACACCAGCGCGAUAGCUGUUAACCCUUACAGCCCAGCUGCACCUUGAAGAGGUUUGAGGUCAUUCCUCCCUUUAGACCCAGAUCUCGAGUAUUCAGUCAUGAGGUCGGUCAUCAAAGAGCUCCGGGUCAGUGGUCACUGAGGGGUUUGGUCUUUUAAUUCCAAUACCCUUCAUGAGGACAGAGUAUGAGAGAAUAUUGGGUGUGUUAGUAUCAUCCAUGAUAACAAAAAAAAGUGGCUUUCUUCACAUUUUUACUGGAAGUAGAUUUCUUGACUAGAUUCUCAGAAAGUAAUUCUGCAGCUGAGCUUUGUGAAGUGUGAAGAAAUAUAACUAUACAAGUAAGCUUAUGGUAAUCGUAAUUGUUGUAUGAUGACCUUAGCAAGGUAACGUAACACAUCUGAUACCACAUGUGGGACCACGGCUGCAUGAAGAGCAGACAUUGCUUAUGCCUGCUGAUAUUUGAUCCAAGUAAAACAGGCCCUAUCAGUCAACACCUCUUCUGCCUCGGACAUGAAGAAUUGAAUUAGAGAAUGGUGGUGGUGCUGACCUGAGCAGCUUGUAUAACUCAAUUCAACUCUCAUCUCCUGAUAGGUGUCCUGAACUUGGUUUAUACGUAGCAGCCUGAUGGCUAUGCAAACAAACAGUGUCCUGCUGAAAGAGAGAAAUAUUUUACAAUUCAAUGCAGGUUUUAGGAAGUAUGCAACGAGUUAGAUAUUUCUACUGUAAAUAAACAGGGAGAGAAGGAACGGUAAUUAAGGAGAAAAAUAAAGACUAAACAUAUACAAAAACGGGGAGACUAUUGAGAAAUAUUUCCCUAACAACAGAACAAUAAUAAAUUAUGGGAACUUCUCUGUCUGGCAUGGCCGAGAUUCAAGGAGGAAAGCCUCUUCAUCUCUCCCUCUCUCUUCAGUUGCUCUUCCGUCUAUUCUUAGAGCCAUUGGGAAAGAGAUCCCUGAGUAAACAUUCUCUCUUCACUGGAAGAGUUAUACUGCUGUGUAUUCCCUUGUCUACAGUGUUUGUCUUGAUGAGGUGAUUGGGUGUUUUAAAUGUUUUCUAAUGACAGUUGUUCCAUUAAUGAUGAGACUGCUGACCGCUAGAUGACUCCUGGGCUCUUCCACUAAAUGAAUGAAUUAGAUGCACUGUGGAACUCUGUAUUUUAUCUGGAGGUGAUCAGUAGCAGUUGUGCAUAUAUUUUUGUUCGGAGAAAGGAUCAAGGAGCCAGGGCAGAGUAUUUAAUGUAUAACUGCCACAUGUGAUUUUCACAGCUUGUCUGUAUCAGUGCCUCCUAAUAUUUUAGGCCAUUUAUGGUGUAUUUAUUUAUAUUUGCCAGAUUUCUUCAACAUUUGUGCUAGGGGGGAAAUAGUAAGGGUUAUGCUUUCUUCUAAUGUGCCUAAUUAAGCUAUAUUACAUGGUGAACUUGAUGGAAAAUGAGGAAAGUUUUGGCACAUUCCCACUUGAGAAUUGGCAGCAGUUCCAUUUUGUAGUGGCCUUCAUUCACGCCGUAGGAUUAGUUUUGUUUUGCCAGUUUGUCACACACAGUAACACAUACCGUGCCCUUUAUAGGAAUCAGCAAAACAUUCACUAAGUGAUAUUUAGAACGCCGACA